GGCGGGCGCCCUCGAGCGGAAGUGCCGGGUGCGCGGCGAAGGCGGCGCCGUGGGCGGCGGGAGGCUCAGGAGUGUACAUCAGAGGAAGCCAAAAGCCAGCUGGAAUAGUUCCUCCAUGCAGUUUUAAUCUUGUUUGCAAUUAUUUUGAAGAGAAGAAACCAUCUGGAUCCAGGGAUAUAUAGCUACACAGGUAGCAGGAACUAGAAUUAAGAUGCUCUGGUUUCAGAGAAAUAGCAUGCAACUUGCCAAAUACUCCUUUCGACUCCUCCUCAGAAAUCUCUAUGCCUCCAAGACUACUCUGCCUGUGCUGACCUUAUUCACAAAGGAUCCAUGCCCUCUUUGUGAUGAAGCCAAGGAAGUACUGGAACCUUAUAAAAACAGGUUUAUUUUACAGGAGGUGGACAUCACACUUCCAGAAAACACUGCGUGGUAUGAAAGGUAUAAAUUUGACAUCCCUGUUUUUCAUCUAAAUGGCCAGUUUCUGAUGAUGCAUCGUGUAAACAUCUCAAAACUUGAAAGCCACCUCCAGAAACUUGAGCAGCAAGGUGCUGAAGGUUGACGAACACCUUUGUGAAUGCCCUCCUCGUUCAGAAGGCAUCUUUCUGAGGAAACGACCACAGCCUCAUACUCCUUUUGUCACUUCACCUCAGCCCUAACAAUGUUCUGAACUCCAUGUGCCAAAUAAAUGAUAAUCCUUUUGAUUGAUGGAAGUACCAAUGUGGGGACUGUUCACCUAUUGGCAUUUUAUAAAAUAAGAAGAGUAUAUUGGCAAGGAGGGGAUGAUGUAGAGGGGAGAGAUCCAUUUGUUUUAUUUAUUUUUCCCUUUUGUAUUAAAGUGGAAGCAUUUCACAUUCACUGGACAGUGCUGUUUAUAGGAGGAAGGCUCUGCAUCCGUGCUGCUGCCCUAAGGGCUUAAUUUUUUAAUGAGAGAAUAAAUGCUCUUCCACUCAGUAUAUAAAAUGAAAUGUGAAUUGUUAAUAACUGUGCACAGUCAAUAAAGGGAUGUUUUAACAAA